CUGUGUGUGUUCGUUUCUCAUGCUUGCCCAUGUCUUCUAGAAGGAACUAAAUAUUACAGAAAUAGAAAAAAAGAGUAGUGUAGUCCUGUAUCGUUCACGAGGACACACCAUUCAAAAUGUGUGGCUGUGAAUUGUAUCCAAGACCCGCCCCGAAAUGUCAUAUUCACUCCGCCUCACAGGCGUACUUACCUAUCCUUGCCCAGAGGUGUGUAAUAGAUCACGCCCCUUCCAAAUCCAACUUCCAAUCCGUGGACAGGAUUUGCCAGACCCCCUCCUUACCGCGGCCCUUUCACUAUAGAACGCUCAAUGCCCCACGUCCGCAUCAUUUUGAAGACACGUAGGUUGUGGAGCUUUUAAAUAGAUGUAGCCCGAGCCGCGAGCUGGUCGAGGACUGAACACUUCUCUUCAUAAUGUAAAUGAUCCCCGUGUCCUCCACACGUGCUGAGAGUUGUUCACGCAGCUUCUGUCUUCCCCCACAACUUUCAUCCCUUUGGACCCGUCCAUCGGCAGGAUAAAUAUUUGUACAGAUUACCUAAACUUCCAUCUCUGAAAUGAUGGAGAAAAGACAAGCGGAUUCACAGAACACUGUGGUGGAGGACCAAGAGACAUGGCAUGAGCUAGCUAUAAUGGACCCAGUGGACAAACCACACCUAGUACAUAAGGACUCAGAGGACCAGGAGGCUCUGUUGUUGAACGGGGCUAAACAUCCUGAACAUCGCCCUCUGUUGGUCUCCUUUGCCCUGGAGGAGUUUGAGUUUCCCUCCAGCGUCUGUUUAGAAGAGAUGCCCCUCUUCCCCCAGUGGCACCUACCCCUCAAACUGAUGGCCAUCUUGAUGGCGCUGACCUUCCUGUACACUUUUAUAAGGGAUGUGCUGCAGCCCUUUGUGUCUCAGAGCAGGAGUGACUUCUAUAAGAUCCCUAUACUGGUGAUGAAUAAGACCCUGCCAUGGACGGCCAUAUCUCUGCUUGCUCUGGUCUAUCUGCCUGGGCUACUGGCUGCCCUGCUACAGCUGUACAGAGGUACCAAGUACAGCAGUUUCCCAGGCUGGUUGGAGAGGUGGAUGUCUAUGAGGAAACAGCUGGGCCUGCUAGCUUUCUUCCUAGCAGCACUCCAUGCUAUCUACAGCCUCUGUUACCCUAUGAGACGCUCCUACAGAUACAAGCUGCUCAACUGGGCUUACCAACAGGUCCAGCAGAACCAGGAGGACUCAUGGGUAGCAGAUGACGUGUGGCGUAUGGAGAUCUAUGUCUCCCUGGGUAUCAUGGGUUUGGGUCUCCUGGCUUUAUUAGCCAUCUCCUCCKUUCCCUCCAUUUCUGACACCCUCAACUGGAGAGAGUUCACCUGGAUGCAGCUGUUGACAGGCCUCCUUUUUGUUUACCUGUCUUCUGGUCCUUCCGUCCUGCAGAGGAGUCUGGGAUAUGCUGCCCUGGUCCUGUGUACAGCCCAUGCUCUGGUCUAUGGCUGGAGGAAGUGGGUGGAGCCUAAGCACUARGUGUGGUACACCCCUCCAUCCUUUAUCCUGGCCUCGCUCCUCCCAGCCACCGUCCUAUUGGUCAAGGCUGUGCUGCUGCUGCCUUGCCUGGACCGGAGGCUGGGGCAGAUUCGUCGAGGCUGGGAGAGUCCCCGCCCCCCAAGGGGAAGGGGAGUGACUGAAAAAGACUCGCUCUGAAAGAUGACACGUCAAAACCUGGGAUGCAGCAUUGACGAUUGAUAAAUUGUUUCAAUUUUGGGAUAAGACCGGAAGCUUGGUCUCUGGACCUCAAGGAGAAUCGGUGCUGGUUGAUGGGCAACAUAAAGUGGCCACUGCACAGUUCCACUCUUCUGCUUAUUAUACAGAUAUCUGAGGUGACAUACUCUGUAGUCUACACACAGUGUGCUUACUGAAUUGAUGCCUUGAGAACAUAGCCUGGUUAAGCAGACUGACCGCUGUGCUCAUGUUUUGUUUAAUUGAGAUAUUGCAAGAUCAGACUGGUUUCACAAGGCUACUGAGGAAGCUCAGUUCAGUUGAAGGUAAAAGUAAAACGAAUGACCAUCUUGUGGCAUGUUUGCACCCAGUCAGGGAAACAUGGAGAAACCAAAGCCUGCUGCUCUUAGACAUAAAUUCUAUAAGUAAGUAGUUAGUGCAUAGUAAUGUUAUUUAAUGUCAGACUAGACAAUGGCUGUAGACAAUCCCUGUAGACAAUGUAAAAUGUAGUGCAUUAUAUAGGGAAUAGGGUGCCAUUUGGGAAGCAGCCAUUGAGAGCAUCAUCAUAAUUCCGAUUUAAGUAGGCCCAUGACCAUUUAUAUGAAUGAUUUCGAAGCUUACUUUGUGCUUGUUUUCAACUGUGUUUUCUCUGGCGCUAGAACAUCCAUUAGAAUAUAUUGUAUUAGAAUAUGUUGUAUCAAGACAGCAGCAAAAGGUGCUGAAAUAUCCCAAAAUGCAGUUGAAGGUAGAGGAAGUACCCUCAGUUUCACUCUGAAAUAAAGAUUUGAACAGGAUGAGAGUUCAA